AUGAAAAGUGACUGGCACCGAUACAACCUCAAACGUCGUGUCGCUACCUUGCCCCCCAUUUCCGCUGAAGUUUUCUCCGAAAAAGUCAUCCAGGCCCGAGCCGCCACAAGCGCCGAGACCGACAAAGCCUACUUCGAAAAAUCGUGCGAGGCCUGCAACAAGACAUACUAUAGCGAAAAUGCCUACCAGAACCAUAUCCUCAGCCAAAAGCACAAGCAGAACGAGGCGGCCGCCGGACCUCGCAACGAGGAGGAGACCAAGUCCGUCGUCAGCUCCACGUUUUCUCUAGGCGAAUCUGUUCCCGUUGCCAAGAAUGGCGUCGACUCUGACGCCGAGGACGAGUUCAACGAGGUGAUCAAAGGUCUCCAGAAGGCCAAGCUAUCCCAGCAGCGCCCCUCCCCCGUCAAGCGCCCGAGCCACCCUCGCCCGACCACCGAAGCAGCCAGCGAAGACGCCGAGGACGCUGCGACCGAAACUGGUACAGCCAACGGUAGUGCGCAGGAGCCAGUCUGGACUCUCAACUCUUGCCUUUUCUGCAACUACGAGUCGCCCAGUGCGCCCCUCAAUGCCCAGCAUAUGGAGAAGUUCCACGGCAUGUUCAUUCCCGAGAAGCCCUAUCUGACAGACUUGGACGGUCUUUUGCAGCAGCUCCAGUCCAAGAUUGGAGAAGGCCAUGCCUGCUUGUUCUGCGACAAGACCAAGACUUCAGUCUACGCUGUGCAGACCCAUAUGCGCGAUACCGGACACUGCAAGAUUCCCUAUAGCACUGAGGAGGAGCAGCUUGACAUCGGCGACUUCUACGAUUUCCGUGGGACAUACUCGGACCCCGAGGAGUCUGACAGUGAUGAUGAGAUGGCCGAUGAAGAUGCUGGUGGUGCCCGUGUUUCCAAGCCCAAGGCCAAGGGCGACGGUGAGAAGAAGGAUGAGGAUGCCGAGGGUGACGGCUGGGAAACUGAUAGCUCUGCGUCUUCGCUGGAUUCUGCAGACCUUACGGCCGUGCCGGCAGAGGGCCACUACCACCAAUACGAUAGACUCAGCAAGCACCCACACCACGCGCGUACUGAUCCGAGGCCCAGACAUCAGGUCGAUGGGUGGCACUCGCGCGCGCACAAGCACACGCAUGCUGUAUUUUAUGACGACUAUGAACUUCAUCUACCAUCUGGCAAGUCAGUUGGACAUCGCUCGCUCAACAAAUACUUCCGCCAGAACCUCACCAACUACCCCACGCCCGAGGAGCGCGCGGAACGCCUGGCGAUUGAGGGCUCCGAGCGUCCCGGAUCCGACGAUGAGACCGACGGCCGAAUGGUUCGCAGGGAGCGUGGCCGUGGCCGCGCAGUGCUUCCAAGAGGGGCUGCUGGUCUGAUUGGAGCUUCCGACGACGCAAAGAAGGCUGUUCGCAAGGAAGAGGUGCGCGCGCGCAAGCUGGAGAACUACCAGACGAAGAAGCGGGCCCUCGCCUACGGAGAGAGCAACAACAAUCAGAAGUUCUACUACUACCGCUACGAUGGAGGUGGUUAG